AUGAAGCUCACGACAAUCCUUGCUGCGUCUUGCGCCACCGCAGUGCUCGCAAAGCCAGAGCAGGUGAAGCCAAGAGCGCUUCUUACGAUUGAAGUUGCGCCAGGCGAGACUCGCCAGAUUACCGAGGAUGAGCGAUGGGAGCUGGCAGCUAACGGCGGCUGUGGUAGCCACUUUUUCGACAUCACUGAGUUCAACGCUGAAAUUCGCGCGGUCAAAGAGCAAGCACCUUACCCGACGGAAUUCAAGAACAGCGAGAAGAUCAAGAGUCUCAUCCCUAAGCUCAACUGGGACAAUAUCAAGAAGAAUCUGGAGCACUACGCUACCUACCACACACGCUUCAGUGAGACUCAAUCCGGUGUGGAGGCGGCUGAGUGGCUCUUCACCCAAGUUGCUGAUGUCGUCAAGAACUCAGGAAAGAAUGGCGUGACCGUGGAGAUGUUCCCUCACGCAGCCUUUCCCCAGAAGUCUGUAAUCGUAAAGGUUCCUGGGCGCAGCACCAGGACUGUCAUUGUCGGUGGUCAUCUUGACUCUGUCAACUCGGCGAACCGAACCGGCGGUCGCGCUCCUGGUGUUGACGAUAACGGCACUGGCUCAUUCAUGAUCCUGGAUGCACUCCGCGUUCUACUCUCAGACAGUGAAUUUGGCCCAAGCAAGCUGGAGAACACAAUCGAGUUCCACUGGUAUGCUGCGGAAGAAGGCGGUCUCCGUGGCUCGCAAGAUAUCUUCACCCAAUACGCGAAUGCGGGUCGCGAUGUUUGGGCAAUGUUGCAGCAAGACAUGGUUGGCUACACCAAGGCCACUCUUGACGCGGGCAAGCCGGAGAGCUUCGGAUUAAUUACGGACUUUACCAGCGCACCGCUCAAUGAGUAUCUCAGCCGUGUCAUUAAUGAGUACACCGACAUCACAUAUGUUGAGAGCCAGUGCGGUUAUGCGUGCUCCGAUCACGGCUCUGCUACCAGGAACGGCUUCCCUGCUUCAUUUGUAUUCGAAGCGGCAUUUGAAUACCGCAAUCCUCAUAUCCACACGCCGAAUGAUACCAUCGACCACAUCGACUCUAAGCAUGUCCUUCAGCAUGGCCAGCUCGUCCUCGGAUACCUGUACGAGCUCGGUUUCAGUACGUAAGAGCUGUAAAUGUAGUCAUCUUUC